GACAUUAGAGAGGGAACCCCUGGGUGCUCAGGGCACUCUGCAAGGAUGAGAGGGACGGAGGGGCACCAGGUCCCCACUCAGCAAACGGGGCUGUUUCUGGAGGGGCGGGUCAGAACCAGGACCGUCUCCUUGAUGACAGUCCUGCCCACGGUGCCGGCCAGCCUGUCCCGCAGAGAUGGAGAGACCACCUCGCAGGCCAGGAGUCCCAGGCAGAGGCAGGCAUCCUGCCAGGGUGCCCCCCAGGUUUGCUGUGGGCCCAUCAUGGCUUCUGUGGCUCCCGGAGCCCUGGAGCCCCUCGAAGCCUCCACUCUGGGCUCCAACCACCUCCCCACAGAAGCUGUGCCCGCAGAGCUCUCGGAGAUGAGACGGAGCAUGGAGAAAGCCGCCUGCCCAGGUCCCCACCCCCAUGACGAAGCCUCGCCUCUGAGGCAGAAACUCCAAGUCAGAGACAAAGGCAACGGCGUCCUCCGGGGCAGUGACCUCGCCCUCCGGGGCAGUGACCUCGCCCUCCGGGACAGUGACCUCGCCCUCCCGGGCAGUGACCUCGCCCUCCCGGGCAGUGACGUUGCCCUCCAGGGCUGCCCCGACGGCCAGCUGGAGCAGAGCCAGCAGCUGCAGCGCCUGGCCGAGGAGUGGAGGGAAGAGUGGCAGCAGACCCAACGCCAGCAGGACAAGGACCUGCGAAGGCUGUACCUGGCUCACUUGCUGGCGGGGGUGGGACGGGCGCCGGAAGAGGGGCCUGGGCCUGCCUCUGAACAGCCUGGCCAGCCAGAGGCAGCGGGACACCCCCAGGCCAAGGAGAAGCACAGAGCAGCCCCCAGAGCAGAGAAGAACCGCAGGGGAGAGCCCAUCAGGCAGCAGACCUGGCCCCCCAAGGCCCGGAAGAAAGCAGGGGGCACAGGGAGGCAGGGAGCUACCAGAGCCACAGGCCUGCCCGCCCCCGGCCUGAGCCCCCCUGAGAAGAGUAAAGGAAAGCGAUUGCCUUCACCCAAGGCCGGUGGUGCCAGCGGCCGCCAUGCCGGUGGCCCUCGGGCAAGCAGAGGGCUGUACCCGCAGAAGCCGAGUCCGCUCUUGAUCACAACCAGAGCGAGCAAAGGCCUGGACGGGAGGCCAAGAGGCAGAGCCCUGGAAGGGACGAGGCCGCUGGGCAGGGGGACUACUCGUUUUGUCCAAAGCCUGAGGAGCGCUCCGCGGGAUCAGAGUCCAGACGACAAGUGGAAAGAUCUAGAACAACUCUGGCCAGUUGGCUCGACACAUGGAAGGAGCGCUGUGCCCCGGGCGUCUCCGCGUGAGCGCGAGCAUCCUGACAAGAGCAAGUGGCAGAAAGAGCUCGAGUUUGCCUUUGAAGAGCUGUUUAACACCAACCGGAAGCUAAAAAAACACUUGAGUUUGUACCUCAAACCGAGGCCCGGCGUAGGCCAGAGCCACAUCUCAGAGGUGCGGGAAUACAGCAUGGAGGCCCCGAGAGAGAAGGGGGUGAUGGGCGCCGACACGCUGCCCACAGGGGCAUCUGGGAGCCCCGUAGAGGUGCAUGCCCCCCAGACACCAUCCAAACCCGAUUUGCGACAGUUACUAAGCCAGAUCGGAAACCUGAAACAUCCGAUGGCCAGGCCCACGAUGAAGAACGAAGGUCAGACAUCAUCGUGUAAGGUAGGAGCGCUUCUCAGUGAAGAGGACUUCCUCUCCUGCAGUGCGGGAUCUGGACAAGAAGCCCCCAAACCGGCCACACUGGGGGAGGGUUCGCAUCAGCUUCUCCUGCCGGAACAGGUGGAUGGAAUCAACUUGACGACAUCAAAGCAGAAGCUUAAAGCGGAGAUGGAGCAGAGGAGGCAGAAGCAGCUGGAAUUGCUCGAACAAACCGAACACCCGAAUCUAAGCUUGGAAAUCCACUACACAGCCGAGCUAGAGGAAGAGAGGCGGCAGCAGAGACGAGAUCGCCUGGCCAUUCUGAAGUCCUACUCCACCAGCCACCAGGAAAACAGGGGGUCCUGCUUCAGCACCUCUUCCCCCCUGUGCACCAGUGUCCUUGAGGACUGCAGCCAGGAUCAGAUGAUCCGUGACCUUAAACAGCAGAUUGUAGAGCAGAGUGAGUUGCAUAAGCAGUUUCUUGAAGAAGCCAGGAAACGCUUGCAAGAGUUUCAGAAACUGUGUUAGAGGCCGGAGUCCCACCCGGGAUAAAUACAUCACUGAUAACUCCUACCCAGAACUGGCACUUGGUCUUUAAGCUCUGUGUUUGCGCCUUCGCCUUUAUCCCCUGAGAACCCAGGAAGCUCAGUAGAACAGACGGUUGUGACAUGAUCCUCCAGGGCAAGUUCCGUUGCAGGAACUGAGCCCUCAGCUUGCCUGGAGAACUGCGUCCCGGUUGGGAAAACUGCUUCACACAGACACUCAGGGAACCCCCACGAGAGCCAGGAAGUGGGUCUAGGCGGGGACCCCAGAGUGGCUCUGAGAGCUAGGUGUGUUCACGUGCUUUGCAAAGUCCAGGUCAACUCAGCAGGUCAGAAGUUUUAGCUGAAUAAACACAGGACUUUCAGGGGCGCGCAAGGUCAGACAGACACAGUUUCAAAGGAGACUUCAUUGGUUGUUCAGUCACUCGCGAGGCGGCGGAAGAGUGGACGGAAGCCUCUCUGACUCUUUCCAAAGCUACAAAACAAACACCCUUUGCUAAGGUGUCAUUUAACCCAUUCUUACAUCUUCAGUUAGGACAGAAGAGAGAAGAAAGGCAAGCCGGCCCUGCUGUGUGACUCUGGGACUGGCAGUGGGGGUGGCUGUCCAGAACGUUUGGUCACCUUCCUGCCCGCUGGCUUCCCCUCUGACCCAGCAGCCAUGACAGCCGUGGAGACCCCACCUGGUAGAGUUUUUUCUGCUAAUUGCAGGCUUCCGAGUGGUGUAGGGGUUGACCAACUUUUUCUGCCAAGAGCCAGAGAGUAAAUACUUCCAUCUUUGCCAGACACAAGAUCUCUGUGGCAACUACCCAGAGUCGCUCCACUGUUGGGACUCAGAAGGGGCUGGAGGUGACAUGGAGAUGCUUGGGCGUGGGUGUGUCCAGUAGCCUCGGCCAAGGCAGCAUAGGCUGGAUUCGGCCUGGGCCUCCCGCCUGCUUCCCUCCCCCCGCCCACGUUCCUCAGCGCCUGACAGGGGCCAGCAUUGUCCGUCAGGACAUGUCGCAUCACUAGCCGGGAACGGCCUUGUUAGCGCGUCUGUAUUUUGCAGACGAUGCAGUGAACAUCUCUGUUCACUGUGGGAGACACCACCCACAUCCGAGACCCAGGUAUUUGCUGCCCACUGUCUUCCACCUGCGUGCCACUUCGCUCUCCUGUACCCCAACCCUCUCAGCGACCUGCCUGCUCCCUGGGCUUGUCCCCACCUUUAUCAUGGACAUACAGUGAUGGGGACUGUCGUGCUUGGUCCCGUGUUAACUGUGAGAAGGCUGAAACUUGUCUCCUGAAAGCUCUUGCCGCCUUCUCCCGUGUGGGGGGAGAGGUCACCUGCUGAUCCCCACCGCAGGGCACUCGGUCCCGUGACUCUGUCAGCCUUUUCUCCAGGGCCAUAGCUGCUUCUGUGUUGUGCUUGUUUCCAAAGAGACCAAAAUCCUUAGUGCAUUGACCUCAGAAGGUCAGGUAUCAAAAAUGCUUUUGGGAAUUAAUCCCAGGUUCCGGCACUGAUUUGAAAAGAGAAGGCUUUGGCGGUUGUGAACACCGCAGCUGGGUUCUUGUUUCCGCCUCUUCCCGGGAAAGGAUGGCUUGCCUUUGUAAUGUUCGUCAUUGACAAGUGACAGACACUGAGCUCCAGUCACUGGCGACAAGCAGGAGACCCGCACCCCAGCACCAGCUUGGAGGGGGAGUCAGGCAGUAAGGGGGCGUGCUGAGGGCGUCCCUGCAGCCCCGCGCCAGGCCCCCCGGAGCACACGAAGCUCGCGCACCUACCACAUUGGUGCCGAUGGGUGCCAGCGAGUGCGCCCACUGGGCUUGCUGGUCUUGCUUUUUGAUUUUAGUAAGUUGUUAGUGGUUUCAGCAAGGAACCUUCUGUCCCACAUUUCCAUCACGGCUUCCCCCAGGUCCGACAUGGCUUUUCCACUUCCGGUACGGAAAGUGUGACUGUGGCCUGGGCCGUGUUGUCUGCUUCCGGAACGUCGUGGGUUAGGGUUGCAAAGCCACUCGGCGAUGCAGUCGAAGCCCACUGUGGGUAAGAAGUCGGGGUCAGAGGGCUGCUGUCAUUCCCGAGCCAACGACAGGGACUUGGGGACCUGUGCCGUACUCCUCCCUGGUGCCAGGGUUGGAGUUGGUGCUCAGUGUUGCACAGCACAGGGAGCUGGGGGCACCCGUUGGUCCCUGUGGCACCGUCCCUGUCCAGGGAGACGGAAAGGGUCCCGGGUUUAAAGCUGCCAGCCUGGAGCGACCCCCAUCGAGCAGCCAAUGCCUUCCUGACGCACUGGCAGCCACGGUCUAAGGAGCGGACAAGCUGUCUCUAGGACUGUUUUUGUUUCCAUUUGCAGAGGUAGUUGUUGUGGCCCGUGUGUUCUAGGUAAGGAAUCGCCCCUCCUUGGCCACACUUGAGCUAAAAGUGGGUGUGGGGGGGCGAGUGGCAAGACACGGGGGAGGAUGACUCAUCUCUGCCCGGACAGCCACACCCUCACUGUCCCCUGGCAGCAGGACGAGACACCCUGCCCUGUCCCACCUGUCUCGCAGAAGGCCGACAGGGUGAAGCCUAGUGUUGUUGGGUGACACCACAGCCCUCCAGGAGCUCCCCAAAAGAGGGCCCUCAGUGACCCCUGUGGAGGUGUCAUGGGUGACUCCCUCACAACCUCAAGGGCCGGGGGUCCUGGAAGACCCUGUCUUGGCUCCCCUCCUGUCACCCUGAUGUGGCUGGUCUGGUGCAGCCUUGAGCCUCCCAGGCCCAGCCCCGUUCUAGGUACCUGGCAGCUCCACCCCGUGCCAGCGCAGUGCCCAGAACCUGGCCAGCAUCUGACCAUGCUCAGUGAUGUGGGCAAGGGGGCGAGGUCUCGGUGCCUCCACAGGUACAGCCAGGUAGUGAGGACCGGACACGGGCCUGUGUGUCCUCACCCUCCGUCUCCCUCCCUGACCCUGCUUCCAGCGGCGUUUGCCAGUGUGUCCUGCCCCCUGUCCCUGCCUCACUGCGUUUGCUGGAACCUCUGUCACUGCCCCCUUCCUC